GUGCUUUAUAAAUUAUCUCUUUUACCAGAACAAAAAUAGAAAAAAUAAAAAUAAAAAUUACUAGAGGAAGCAUGGAAGAUGAAAAAUAUAAAAUUUUGUAAUAAAAAUAAUAGUUAUGUUAUUAUAAAUUUAGGAACAUUUUUUUUAUAAGAAAAAUAAAAGUUGUGUAAUAAAAAAACAAAAUAGAGUGGGAGUGAAAAUACUAGUGGAGUAUGAGAGUUUCUGAAAAGAUUUCCUUUUACUAAGUACUCCGUAGUCCGUAGUUUGUUUCCUCGAAAUCACAACGGUUCAUAGACUUUGCAUUGCAAAGGCGCAAAAACAGCAAGACUGACACUUGUCAUCUCACAGCCUCUCCCUCUUUCUCUAUAUAAACUCCUCUCUCCCUCACCACUUCUCAACAAGUCACAAUUAAGUGGUGGUUUCAGAACCCAAAAAAACAGAGUGUCAAUUAGAGAGUGCAUUACAAGAGAUGGGAAAGAGAAGUGGUUUGUUGCUAGUAGUGUUAGUGAUGUGCUAUGCAGUGGCCACAGUUGGUGGCUACUUUGAGGAUCCUGAAGGGAGGGGAGAGAGAGAGAGAGAAGAGGGGAAGAGAGAGAGAGAAGGGCUGUUCUUGUUGAGGGACUCAAAGCAUGUGGUGAGGACUGAUGCUGGGGACAUGAGGUUGGUGAGGGGUUAUGGAGGGAGGAUUGUGGAAAGGCCUAUGCAUAUUGGGUUCAUCAACAUGGAACCCAAAAGUCUCUUCAUCCCUCAGUACCUUGAUUGCAGUUUAAUUCUCUUCAUUCGCAGAGGGGAAGCAAGGGUUGGAUCGAUAUACAAAGAUGAUCUGGCGGAGAAGCAAUUGAGGGCAGGAGAUUUGUAUAGAAUUCCAGCAGGAUCCGCAUUCUAUUUGGUUAACCAACAUGAUAGGCAGAGGCUUCAAGUCAUAUGCAGCAUUGAUACAUCUGAGAGCUUGAAUUUGGGAAAUGUACAGUCUUUCUUCAUUGGUGGUGGAUCAUCUCCCACAUCUAUUCUUGCUGGUUUCGACCCCCAAACGCUGGCAGCUGCAUUUAAUGUCUCAAUAGCAGAAGUGAGGGAGCUAACCACCAGGCAACAAUCCGGACCGAUCAUCCGCUUGUCAAAUUCGCAUCCACCAAGCCUAUGGACACAAUUCCUACACCUAGAAGAGCAUGAAAGACUAGCACACCUAAAGAGAAUGGUGUACUUGGAAGAAGAAUCUAAUGAAGAUGAGGUCCCAACAUGGUCAUUCAGGAAACUCUUUACUUCUGUUUUCGGAGAGAAAAUCAAGGACGAAGACAUCAAGAGAUCUAGGACGUCCCCGGACUCCUGCAACCUCUACAACAGACAGCCCGACUACAAGAACCGCUAUGGCUGGUGCACCUCCCUCGACGAGUCUGAUUACUCCCCUCUUAGCAACUCCGGCAACAGCAUUUAUUUAGUUAAUCUCACUGCGGGCUCAAUGAUGGCACCACAUGUUAAUCCAAGAGCAACAGAGUAUGGCAUUGUGUUGAGAGGAAGUGGAACAAUUCAGAUAGUGUUUCCAAAUGGAACCUCAGCAAUGAACGCAAGAAUAGCAUCUCGAGAUGGCCCCUUUGAGUUCUUCGGAUUCACUACCUCAGAGCCAUCGCAGCGCGCAUCAGAGCAAAGGAACCGGCCGCAGUUCCUGGUGGGAAGGAAUUCGGUUCUGAAUAACCUGAGAAACCACGAGUCCGCUGCUGCUUUCGGCGUGAGCAGGAAGAGGCUCAGGCACAUCCUUAAUGCUCAGCGCGAGGCUGUGAUUCUGCCCGCGUCAAACGUGGCACCACCUGAGGAGACAAAGAAGGAAGAGGAGCACACGAUGAAGAACAAUGUGUUACCGGAGGUGAUCAGGAACUUUGGCAAUGACAUGAUUAUGGGCUUUGAUUGAAAAGGCUAGGUAGGUGAUGGAGAUUAAGAUGAGGGGUAGAUAAAAGCGGCUUUGGAAGUGUUUUUUUGUGUUCUUGGUUUUGUUUAUUUUGUUCUUUGCUUUGCUGAGUUUUGAGAGAUGUCAAUAAGCUGGCAUUUGUUUUUGGUUUUCUAUUCCAUAAUGCAAUUCUGCUUAAAUUAUGUGAACAGAGUUUCGUCUGUGCUUGAUUCUAUUGCAUUUUUUUUUCUUUUUAGUUUGAUUCUAUUGCAAUUCUGCUUAAUUAUGUGAAGUGGUCAUAUUAAGAGGUUGCUCUAUUUUUUAUUUUUCUUUUCUGCUAGGCAAAGAUGAGAGAUUGAGACAAUUUAUUCAUGAAUCUUAAUAGUCUUCCUCAGUUUAGAGCUAGCUUAGAGGAUUUCAUGAUAAUUUGGUCCCCCUUA